UGCAAUUGUUUGGUUGUAUUGGAAAUUGGAAUCGGCUGUCGGUAUCGAUAUCGAUAAUAAUUUUGCAAAUUUAUGUUUCGUUUUAAGCGCAUUAAAAGAUUAAAAUAUCUGAAACAAAUAAGCAAUUACUAACAAUCAAUACAGUAUAUCAAAUAUUGCUUCGCUUCGGGGUAAAAAUUUUAAUGUAAUUUUAUUUAUAUCAAUGCUUUUCAUUUAGAGCAAAAAAUGGUAAAAAACAGAACGUUGGUGCUAAUUAUAUUUAAUUUUCUGGUUGUGGUUAAUAUGAGCCUUCAAGUUGUUAAUGAAAAAGUUUACAAGAACUUAGAAGGAAACAAAUCCCAAAUAGUUAUAAAUAUAACCGGUGUAGAAAAUAUAUUUUUUGAAACAUAUACAAUUAAAAAUCUGGAAACCGUGGUAGUUAACUUGAAUAUUAAAAAAGCUGAAAAUUUUGGCUAUGCUAUUUUCCAAGUUCAUUCGUAUGCGUACAACAUAAAACUUAUAAAAUUGCAGAAAUUACAACUUGGUCAAAAUUUGGGGAUUGUGGCAUUUGAAAGUCAACUCUUCUACAUUCAAAACCCGAAUAAGUUUGACAUUGAUUACGCUAUAGCUGUAACCACAUAUAAUUCCAGUUCACCUGUUUCUGGUGGCUGCAAUAUAGAAGGAGAAAUAUCGGAAUCACCAAUUUUAAAAUUAACAUCACUUAAAGAUAUAAUUCAAGUUGAUACUCCAUCGGCAGCAAUGUCAAUUAAAAAAGAUCCUAAGCAAAAAUUAUGCUCAAAUACAUCGGAACCAAGUGCUGCUUUAAGUUAUACUGGAUAUUAUUAUUACCUACCGAAAGGUGAUUUUACAAAUAAAACUUAUUUUAAUGGUAUAAAAAGAUUUUUGUUACCAUCUAAUAUAACCAAAGUAGCAUUUAGAGCUUUUAAGAAAAGUAACAAAGGUCCAGCAAAUCGUAGAAUAUACAUGCAAGUUCCUGGUACUGGUAUGGUUUUUAAUACAAUAGUUCGCGAUUCAGAUGGUACUCCGGCUGCAUAUGUACCAGCAGUUACAUAUUUUUGCAAUCCUUUUCUAUGGGAGGAAGGAUGUUUCUUUAUUUUUAACGAUAAUGCUUUAAAAGUGUUGUCAUCAAUUUUACUUGUCGUUGGAUUUGUUAAAACCUUCUUAAGUUUUGAGACUGUCACAAUGUUUAUUGAUGCAGUGGUAAAUUUAUUUUCUCUCGGGGCUUUUUACACUUAUAAAUUAAUCGCAAACUAUGAUCUUUCAAUAGAAGCGAAAAUUGCACUUGUCAUUACUGGCGGAAUUGCUCUUACUUUAAUAUUUGUUACAAUUUCUUCUUUCUGGUUUCAAAUAACUUAUAUUUUAUAUCCUGCAUCAAUGAUUCUAUUUAGUUUGAUUUUUACUAUAAACGCAGUUUAUAUAUUCGAGGGGAAUGCAAUUGAAAGUAAUACAACUUUAUACUGGAUAAUAUUUUUAUUUGCCUUGUCUUCCUGUCUUUUCAUGAUGAUUCCAUUACUUCGAGUUUUAUGGUUAAUUUUAAACGUUAUUAUUGGCGGAUAUUUUAUGUUAGUAGGCGUUCAAUUUCUGUCCAAAAGCAAUUUGAUUUAUAUACCGUUGAAACAUUUUUAUCAAAUGGGAAAUACUGAUAGUAAAUAUAUAAAUGGAUAUCCGCCUUCUACUAAAACUGAUAUUUAUAUUAUAGUACUUAUAGUAGGUGCUAUAUUUUUGGGUUUCAUAUUAAGACAGAAUAAAAUACAUAUUUUCGAAAGGAGACGAGGGUUAACUGAGGAAGAAGAACCACUGUUGAGAGGUCAUGAUGAGAGGUCAUCUAUGAUUGGUAGUGAUGAAGUUUUUGAAUCGCCAAAACCGAAUAUAUCAAAUAUUCGAUUAUAAAAUCCUAAAAUUGUAUAACAUAUAGUUUCUACGAAAAAAAAUUGUAUUUUCUUUUUAAAUAAAACAAGUCAGUUAAUUAAAAAUAAAAUAUGUAUAUAUAUCUUU